AUGACUGAAUGUGAUGAAGAUGAUGCGGACGCUACUGUUAGAGUUCAGCAUGUUACAAAUGCGACCCUCGUUUAUGAACCUCCUGCCUCAUCAUUUUAUGAAAAUACUUGGGAAAAUAUGGUUGAUCCUAAAGUUGCUCAGCAAGCAUUUGGUUCUUCUUGGAAUGCGGACAUGAAUUUUACGAAAGGGUUGAUUUUUGCGAAUAAAGAGGCGGUGAAACGUGCACUAACAAUUUAUGCCGCAAAGCAUAAUAGAAACAUUGUGACUAGUAGGUUGACCAGAAGUAGAUUGUUUAUGAAAUGCGUCGAUAAGUCAUGCAUGUGGUACGUUGGGGCAGUCGAGAAGCCUAAACAUGGAUUAUGGAUGGUCACAUCUUAUAGGGGUCCUCACAGUUGUAUACCCCUUGCCACGGCCCUUGAUGGUAGAAUGAUGGAUUGUAAUUUUCUUGCAGCAGAAUUUGUUCCAUUGUUGCAAGAAAAACACACGGCAACAAUUUAUCACCUCAUAGAUUUCAUUAAAGGGAAGUAUUAUGGGCAUAAACUUUCUUACUAUAAGAUAUGGGAUACGAAACAACGAGCUAUUGCAAAGGUAUUUGGGGAUUGGGAAGAGUCUUACCAAAAGUUGAGAAAGUUAUUGUUGGCAUACUUGGAUCAAGAAACUGGCACCCGGUACUGGUGGCACACCAUACCCAGGGACGAGUUCGGUGAUACAAUAUUGCGCUAUGUAUUUUCGGCUUUCGCUCCAUGCAUUGAAGGAUUCAGAUAUUGUAAGCCAGUGAUCAGUAUUGAUAGGACUCAUUUGUAUGGUAAAUAUCGAGGGGUGUCGUUAAUUGCAAUGGCCACCGAUGCCAACAACAAGGUUUUGUCUCUCGCCUUUGCCGUUGUGGACAAAGAGUCAAGGCCUAGUUGGAGGUGGUUUUUAGAACGCCUUAGGAUCUCACUGGAAGAUGUGAUAGUAGAUAAGGACAUUUUCAUAAUUUCUUACCGACAUAAGGGUAUUCAAAACGCAAUUGCAAACUGGCCUAUAGAUGAUGAUGGACGACUACGAGUAGUUCAUAGAUAUUUCCUUCGACAUGUUGCUAGCAACUUUAACACGCAUUUUCAAGAUGCCACUUUAAAGUCAUUGGCCUUGAAAGCGGGGUAUACUACUCAGGAAGCUAAGUUUGAGUUGUACAUGCAACCUAUCAAGGAAGCCGAGAUUGAGGCCCUUAGGAAGAAAUGGAGAACUGAACGGCAGGAAAGUGAACCCGACUCAUCCAUCAUGCCAUACACAUAUCUAAUGAAAGAGGAUCUAGACAUGUGGACCUAG